AUGCCGGUAUCCAGUGGUUUUGGUUAUUAUCCGUAUAAUUAUCCUACGACGAAAACAAGGCGCACCAUACCGCCAGUUGCUAAAACACAACUGAUAGCUCGCGCUCCCAAAUUUAGACCAGAACAACGGUCAGAUCCAAAGACGACGGCAACAACAACGAUAAAAACAACUCGAAAUCCUUCAAAUUCAACACGAGUCAAUAUUGCUAAACGACCAUCACUACGUUCGGACACGUUUUUACUUGUUAAAAAAGCAAACGAAGCGAGAUAUAAAAUGAAGAAGGAUGAUACUGUUCGGCAGAGUACUCAGCGAUUACCCGCGAUACGAGUUCCUGCUCAGACUACUUCAAUGCCUCCGCAGAAGAAACGCGUUACAACGAUACGAACUAUAACCAUUCCUCAGAGAACGCCAAAGUAUGCGGCCUCAACGACAUAUCGAGAAGAUCCUGGUCCACAACCUGUUUAUGUUCCGAAACGGCAAGAUAGCCCUCGUUACCCGCCCAAACGACCUUCUGUUUAUCAAUUGAAAUCUCCCACUCCAGCCAAGGACACUAUGGAUAUAUCACAACGUGUUCGGAUUGGCAAGCAUGAUUAUGUAGUACAACGCAAAACAGAAGAUACUGGUUAUAAGAACACCGAUCGUCAAACAGAAACGAUUGUUGAAAGACCUCAACGAACAGUACGCAUCCUACGUAAAUCUCCGCAGCAAGAGCGAGAAGAUGAUGAUGAUGACGUCUACUAUCUUAAACCUGCCCCACAACGUCGAUCAACAGUAAUACGGAAACGCACACCACCAGCAGGAUAUAUUCGUAUGAAAAAAUCGUCAUCAACUCUUGAUACACGUCGUUCACCUCGCACCGAAGUAAUCUAUCUUGAUGAAGAUCAGUCCGCAUCACGUACUGAAAGUUACGUGUACAUCGAUGAAGACGGCAAUGAAGUUAAGAUUAUCGAUGAAAAAGAUUCAACACCACGCUAUGUGAAAUAUGCUUAUGAUGAUGACCGCGGGGAACGACGUUCGCGCGAACCAAAAGUAAUUUAUAUUGACAAAAGAGACAAACGACCAAGUCCGGAGCCCCAAGUUAUCGUAGUCAAGGAGAAAGAGAAGCGUCCAACACCUGAAUCUCAAGUCAUCGUUGUAAAGGAGAAAGAAAAGCGUCCCACGCCCGAACAUCAAGUAAUUGUUGUCAAAGAGACAGAGAAACGUCCAACACCUGAGCCACAGAUCAUCGUCGUAAAAGAAACAGCAAAACAACGCGCUCCUGAACCAGAAGUUGUCUACGUUACCGAAACUGACAAUCGACGAGUACGACAACCCGAAGUAGUUUACGUUCAAGACCAACCGCGUCCGGAGCUGUACUACCUUGGAGAACCCCAAGAACAAUACGUUGAUCAUUCAAAUGUUGUUUACGUUGACAAUACUCAUCCAAGUUCAUACCAACCUGAUGUCAUUUAUGUUGAAGAUGAUCAGUACCCACCAUCGUACCAACCGGAUGUCAUCUAUGUCAAUGAGCCUCAUCAACGAUACGCGCAUGCACCCGAAGUUGUCUAUGUAUGA